AUGGCUGAAGACAUCGAUUAGAAAUUACUUUAGAGAUUUGAAAUCAUCCAAAAAAUUCGAAAGGUUUCUGGAGGAGUCAUUUGGAAAGCAAUAGAUAGGAAAACUAAUAGUGUAUUUGAAUUUAUUGAAAUAUUGUUAGUCGCUAUUAAAAAGAUCGAUUAUUCAGCUAAUCCUUUGCAUCUUUUGAAAUCUAUGAGAGAAACAGUGAUACUUUAAGAAAUUUCUAAACAUCAAAAUAUUAUGAAAGUUUUGUAAGUUAUUAAUAAAGGGAAUGAUCAAUAUACUAUUUAUGAUUUUUCAAGAUACUCGAACCAGUAUUUAAUCAUCACAUUCUUAUAGAAACACAUCCAAAUAAUAUUAUGCAAUAUAGUAUCUGCUCUUUACUUUAUACAUUCUGGAGGAUUGGUUCAUUUAAGUUUGACACCAUCUAAGAUAUUGGUUGAUUCUGAAUGCCAGAUCAAAUUGAUAGGGUUUGGAUUCUCUCAAUUGCUACCAAUCAAGGACCCAAAAUACACAUGUUUGCAUUAUCUUCCACCAGAGAUCUUAUUGUAAGGGAAAGUCAAUACAUCUGCAGACAUCUGGUCAUUGGGAUGUAUUUUCGGAGAAAUGUUGUGUCAUCACACCUUAUUUACCGGUAAUUCCACUUUCAAUCAAAUCGAAAAGAUAGUUGAACUUAUAGGGAAACCUAAUGAUACCAAUCUAAGCGAAUUAGCCCCCUAUGUUCUAUAGGGCAUAUAAUCAGAUAGAAAGAAGGCAUUCACAAGUAUAAGUGAUGAUUCGACCGCGAUUGAUUUGUUAAAGAGAAUGCUGGUUUUUGAACCUCAUGAAAGAAUCACUCUAGUUGAUAUUUUAAAGCAUCCUUAUCUUAGUGAAUUCGCCAACAAAUGUGAAUUAAAGAAAGCCAUAGCUCCCUUUUAAAUCGAAGAGAAUUCUUUCAAAGAGUUUUAGAAUGUCUUAAGAGAAAGAGGGAAGAAGAUUGAGUAGCCUUCUAUUAAUAAUUCCUUCAAUUAGUAAUUGGACUCUAGCAGAAAGAAAUCAUUUAAAGAGUCGACUCCCAUUUCAGCUUUGAGGUAAAAGACAACAACUAAGAUCAAAGUGAAUUCUCCCAUCCAAAGUCCGAAAAUAUAGAAAUUAUAUUAAAUUGAUGAGAAAUAGAGAUGA